GGUUGGAGCCUGUUCCGGUGCUGACAUAGUGGAUGGAACUAGUCAGCCAGCUAACAUUCGUAUAAAUUAGCUAGGUAUAUAAUUCACCUACAAGGAUUUUAAGUUCACGCUUUUGGAAAUCUGUCUACGAAUCUUGGAGUAAAAGUAGAUACAAGUGGAAUAACAAUGACGCCGACACCAGUCACAGUGGCUACAAGUUAGCUAGCUUGCUAGCUAUGUUCACAACAAAAAGCGUUCGUGGGAACAUCGUUCACCGGCGUGGGGGACCAACAGCUGCAUUUGUUUUUGUUAGCUUCAGUCAGUAUUUUUUCUAGUGUUACCUAUAUCACAUAGCUAGCUAUAUACAAGCUUUCAACUAAACUGUACAUUGGGCGGGUCUUCUGUGAGUUUACGUAGCUAGCCAGCUAGUUUGCUGGUUUUGUUCGUUUGUGGAUAGCCGGUGAACCUGUCUUCACAUUAACGUUAGGCCGUCGUGGAAUUCUAUUGCAGAUAUACAUUGUUUUUUCGUCAGCGUUGAAACGGAACCUUUUAAACGAUGGCCUCUUCGUCUGGGAACGACGACGAUCUCACCAUACCAAGAGCAGCGAUUAAUAAAAUGAUCAAAGAAACUCUUCCCAACGUUCGGGUUGCAAACGAUGCCAGAGAACUCGUGGUGAAUUGUUGCACCGAAUUCAUUCACCUCAUCUCGUCAGAGGCUAAUGAAAUUUGUAACAAGUCUGAAAAGAAAACAAUUUCUCCAGAACACGUGAUUAAUGCACUUGAAAGCUUGGGCUUUGCUUCGUACAUCACCGAAGUGAAAGACGUCUUGCAAGAGUGUAAAACUGUAGCACUUAAACGAAGAAAGGCAAGCUCCCGCCUUGAAAACCUCGGCAUUCCCGAAGAAGAGCUGCUCCGACAGCAACAGGAGCUGUUCGCCAAGGCGCGGCAGCAGCAGGCAGAGCUGGCUCAGCAGGAGUGGUUGCAAAUGCAGCAGGCUGCGCAGCAGGCCCAGUUGGCCGCCGCCUCGGCCAGCGUGCAGCAGGCCGGCUCCUCCCAGGACGAGGACGAAGAGGAUGACAUGUGACCCCGCUCUCCCAAAUCCUCCCUCCCCCGCCAGGAGGACGCCGCCGCUGCCAGGCUGCGUCUCCUCUUCCCUGGGCGGGACAUCACCAAUGUCCAGAUUUUAGGACCUUUCCUUCCCACGAGAGUCUAAACUGAUAACGUUGUGAGGUUCUUCCCCCCCCCCCCCCCCCCGUCAGACUUUUGUUAGGUUGGCACCAGGAGAUCUCUGCCCCCCCUGCCCAAAACCCCUCCCAUUGGUUAACGGUGUUUGGGCAUCAUUUGACAGCAUAUUCAGCAUAUGCACCCAUCGACUCCCUUGUUUUUGUCCACUCCCCUCUAUCUUUGGCUUUGUAAGGAUUUGUUCUAGAUUUGUCAUGUUCCUGUGCAUCGAAGACUAAAGAGGCAUCAAAUGCAGUUCAAACAAAAGAUGCAAGUGUUCACUUGACUGGCAGGAUCAUUGUAGAUGGGUAGACUUCAUGUUUUCCAAAUAUUGACCUCUUUAUGUUGUGACGUUUUUUUUUUUCUCCUAUAUAUUCGAUUAAAAAUUUCAGUUAAAUAAUUGUUGCAAGAAGAUGUUCUUGCUUAAAGAGAUUUUUUUUUUCCCCCUCGCCAAGUUUCUUUGAGGGUUUUUUUUUCUGUAAAUUUAAAUGAAAAAUGUGACUAUGUGAACUUUAGGUAUUUUUUAAGACAUUGUGUAUUUAGGGCUAGCCCUGAUUUCCCCUAUACAGUAUUGCGGUGAAAGUAAACCCUAAUGGUCAUAGGAAUUACUUUUUGUCUUGUAGAACCAAAGAGAAGAAUAAAAUGAGAGAAACAGUAGAAAGAUGGAUUUAAA